GUAUAUUCUGGCAACACUGCUGUGUGUGUCAAAGUCACAAUAUGUCAAAGUCAAAACAAAACGAAAAUUUUUAAAAUAAGAAUUUAGGAUGUAAAUUGUAAAUCCAUUUAUGUGUAAAUCCUUCCUACAUGGUAAAACGAUAUGUGGCGAAACCUAUUUUUUAUUUUCAUUAGUAGUCAAUAUUUUUCCUUCGUAAUCAGUUCAAGCGAAUCUACAAUAUUAAUAAAUUGUGAUACACUACGUAUGGGACAGUUUCUAUGUCCCGAUCCUGACUAUUUUAAUGAUUUAAUAGAUCCAAAAACUCAAGAAAUUAGGGGCUGUACAAAAGAACAUCUAGCUAAAAUUAGAUGUAUUGCAGUUGAAGGGUUUAUUUGCAAUGAAAGUGGAAAUAAUACCUUUUAUAAAGAAACGCCUUGUAGAUGGACAAAUGGAUAUUCAUUUGAAACAACUCUCCUACUAUCAAUAUUCUUGGGUAUGUUUGGAAUAGACAGAUUUUAUCUGGGAUACCCAGCAAUAGGACUUGCUAAAUUCUGUACUAUGGGAUUUAUGUUUUUGGGUCAACUCAUAGAUGUUAUUUUGAUUUCUAUGCAAGUAGUAACUCCUGCAGAUGGUUCUUUCUAUAUAAUACCAUACUAUGGACCUCGUGUAGAUAUAAUUAGAAGUGAUAACAAUACAUAUAGGUUAAGUCAAGAUGAUUGGUAA